AUGUUCUACGAAGACCCAGUUCCCCACCCGCUCUUCGUGCACUCCUAUUAUGAACCAAUCCUCCCCGACCUCCCCGAGCUGAUCCAAACCGAAGACGCGCACUUAAAGUUAGUGCUAGAGAAGCGCCGAGGAGGUGGCGCCCGCGGCGGCGGCGGCAAGUCCGUUGGGAAGUCCAGAGGCUCGCACCCCCCGUCCUCGUCGUCCUCAUCUGGCGCGCGCGCGCCAGUGAACAUCGGGGGCGCAACGCACGGCGCGUCCAUCGCCGUACCGUACGGCGACGGGAGCGCCAAGGUCGUGCCCAUCCCCGCCGGGGAGCCGUUCGCGGGCCGGACGUACGGGGGCGGGACGCGGGCGAACAUCUACGGGACUUCGACGUACGGGAGCGGGUACCCGGGGCUGCGCGCGGGCGAGGUGGCCGGGCGCGGCUUCCCGUUCGUGUUCUGGCCCGUCGUGUGGGGGACCGGCGCCGCGUACACCGCGGCGUACCUGCUCGACCAAGAGUACGGCGCGCCGGACAACGCCACUCGCCCGGGGGGCCGACUCAUGCAAGCCGCGCUCCUCGCCUCGGCCUCGAACACGACGCUGCACGUCCUCGCCGACGCCGCGACCGUCUCCGCGCUGCUGCUCGCGCUCCAGGAGAGCUGCGGGGCCGUGCUCGUCCCCGGCUCGCUCGCGCCGAACGCGUCCGUCGCGUUCGACGGGGACGGCGCGCGGCCGCUGCCGGAGCAGGUGGUGCAGUACUACCGCGCGAGCAGCGUCGCGCUCGCGCUCGACGGGUACAACAACUCGGCCGCGGUUGGGCGCGACACGCGCGCGGACGCGGGCGCGACGCCGCUGCCGGGGUGGGUCGACGGUGGGCCGCUCGCGUGCGUGAACGAGACGAUCGGGGCGAGCGCGCCGCUCGGUGGUAGCUAG